UUUUGUUGAGGUUAUGUUUUUAGUUAAGUACAAUAAUAAAAUUUUGUUUCGUAAAGGCAGGAUUUACGAUAAUUUGCUGUGCAGUGUGCACUGUGCAGACAUAAAUACAUCUUUAACAUGACGAAUUGUUGUAAAAUUGCUCUUUAUGUGCAGAAGAACUUUUCAUUACAACAAAGAUCAUUCAGUGCGCUUUGUGAUGUUAGAAGACAUAAAAUAGAUCUCACAAGACAGACUCCAAUACUUUUGCAAAAGCCACCCAUUACCACUACAAUGACUGAAAGAAGAAGUUUCUCUUUAGAAGGCUUUGUUGCAUGGCAAGAGAAAACAUAUGCCAGUAUAUCAAAUAGUGGUUUGGUUAAUGUCAUGCAAGAUGGACUUUUGUAUUUCCACGACACUACCGGCCUUCCCUGGUGGGCUACUAUCGUCGCUGCAACAGUCCUUGUGCGGACUGGAAUGACACUGCCUCUCACUGUGUACCAAUAUUACAUACUAGCCAAAGUAGAAAAUAUUAGCCUAGAAUUAAAGGAGCUUGUAGAAGAAUUAAAAAGAGAAACAGCAAUUGCUAAGAAAGUCUACAAAUUAACAGAUAAACAAGCCAUGAUACUGUACAAAAGAUCCCUGAAGAAACAGUGGAAUGACCUAAUAGUGAGAGACAAUUGCCAUCCAUUCAAGUCAAGCCUGGUGAUGUGGCUUCAAAUACCAAUAUGGGUAUGCAUGUCAUUUGCGCUAAGAAACUUAGUUUACAUGCAGCCAAUCAGUGAUGCGGCUGCAUUAAUCACAUUUACAGAAUUAUCUGUUGGAGGUUUAGGAUGGAUUCCAAACUUGACUGUGCCAGACCAUUCUCUAGUCAUUCCUAUUGCGUUUGGUCUGACAAACUUAGCACUGAUAGAGAUACAGAGGAUGUCCAAGCUGAGGCAGCCAUCAAGAGUGUAUAAUAUAUUUACUAAUGUAUUCAGGGUAUUCUCAAUAGUGAUGAUACCUGUGGCGGCAAGUGUCCCGUCCUGCAUGUGCUUGUACUGGAUGACGUCCAGCAGCUACGGUCUUGUGCAGAACUUGGUCCUGCUCUCUCCAUCCCUGAGAAGAAAGUUAAGAAUUCCACUUGCACCCAGUGAGCUUGAAGAACCCUAUAAACAUUUAAAAGACGAGUUCAGACACAAACUGCAAAGAUUUCCCUUACUAAGAAAAUAGAUACUUUGUUAUAUGUAGAUAUAAGAGUUAAUUUAUUUAUAAGUUUAAGUAGUUUGAAAUAAAUGAAAUGUUAUGAGAAGCA